CCUCACUAAAAUAUACUCUGGUGGCUAAAAAAACUUUUAAAAAAUUUUGCGCAUUUUCUGCAAUAUUUGCGGACUUCUGUAAAUUUUUUGCAGAUUUUAUGCAAUUUUUUGCGGACUUUCUGAAAAUUUUUUGCGGAUUUUCUGCAAUUUUUUCGCGGACUUUCAGUAAUUUCUUGCGGACUUUAUGCAAUCUUUUUGCGGGUUUUUGGACUUUUUGCGGACUUGGCCAAUACUUUAAAUUGAGGUUUAUUUAAUUUGGGUGAAUCUCUUAUAUAAUGAAAAGUCUCGACUUUAUUUAAAAAUUUUUUUACAGAUUUUUAUUGACCCGGUGAAUGGUCUUUGCAAUUAUUUUUUACAUAAUCAAAUAUUUUCUCGUUUAAUUUUUGCCUAUUUAAUUAUUGCUUUGUGUUUAUUCGGAUUAAUCUAUUAUAUUAAUUGGAUUAAAUAUUCACAAAAAAGUAUGGAUUUUUGAAAUAAAAAAAUUUUUUUCAAAUUUAAUUUUAGAAGAAAAAUUGAUGUCUAGGGCAAAUAUUAAGAAAAAUAAAAAUUGUGAUUUUGAACUAAAACAAAAAAUGUUGGAAAUGAGUAAAUCUGAAAAGCCUUGUAAAAAUUUCAAAGAGUCCCAUCAAAUAAAUAUUGAGCAACACGAAGAAGAAAGGUUCUCUCAAUUUUCUUCUUCAUCAAAAAUUUAUUUACAAAUUACAAAAAAUCUGCAAAAUAUUUUUAAUUUUUAUUUAAACAAAAUUUUUAUUUUGUUAAUUAUUUUGCUUACAUUUCGAAUAUAUGCUGGAAAUAAUUUGAUUAGUCAAGAAGAGGAACGCCAGUUGAUUUUGAGGAGUAUCAACUGUUCAAUAAAUCGUUCACUUGCUGAAGGUACUUCGCUUAAUUGGAUUAAUAUGACUCAUUACAAAACGAUUGAAGAAGCAGAAACAAAUCCAGAAAUGCGGAAAAGACUGCUCGGAGAAAGGAUUUCUGCCCCUUAUUGUCAACUUUUACCUCAAAAACUUGUUUGGUAUUGGAUAUUUUCUAUAUUAAUAUUUAUUUGGCAUUUUGGUAUAAUUAUUGUAUUGUUGACUAUUGAACAAAAUUCUGAAUUAAUUUUGAAAGAAAAUGAAUCAAAAAUGGUGGAGAUUGAUGAAGAUAACGUCGAAUUACAACAAUUAACCAAUAAUAUUCCAUGUAAUAUUGAAGACAAAAACGACAAUAAUAAUGCAAAUGAUCAUCAACAUGCUAUAGAAAAUGAACAUCAUUAUGAUAGAAUUUCUUCAACUCCUGCGAGCACAUUAUCAAAUCCAAAUAAUAAUCUUGUAUCUACUACUAAUUCACAACAACAAUUACAACAACAACAAUCACCACCACCACUUCCCCCAUUAACUUCCCCUCCUCAAAUAAAUCCAUUAAAUGAUUUGUUAUCUUCUUCAGAUGCAUUAACAGCCUUAUAUUAUCAUUAUUAUUUUUCGCAAUAUUCAUUACCACCACAAUUUGUGAUGCCACAACAACUGGGAGAGAAUGGAAAUUGUUGUAAAUUCCAUCAGGAAAAUUUGAGAGAUACUCAGCAAAAUUCUGACCAGACUCCUUAUACUUCUAACAAUUCAGCAAUUGUUCAAAAGUGGAUGAAAAAUGGUUGUUGUUCCUCUAAUACUCCUCAACAAAAGGAAGCUAAGGAUAAAAGGAAAAGGGCUGGAAGUGAUCCAGGAACAACUAGACAAAAUCCUUGUCUAGAAAAUCAACAAAUAAAUAAUUCUUCGGAUCGAAAUAACAACAAAAAUCGUCGUCAUCGUGUAUUACAUAUUCGUGGAGCUCCAAAAGAAUUACAAAAAGAAUGGAGAAAAAGACGAGAAUUACGAGAAGGAGGCAAAAACUCUAAAAAUUGUAGUUCUAUAGGAGGCGAAGGAGAAAGUACAUUAUUUGAAGAAGUGGAAAAAUUAAGGAAAGAUAGAUAUGGACAAUUUUUGCCUCCAAAAUCUCCAAAACAAUUUACUACUACCAAAAAUGAAUUAAAUAAUAAUACUUCACAAAAUCCUUUACAAAAUUCAUGUACAACAUCAAGUCAACAACAGCACCAACAUCAUCAAUGUUUUUGUAAAUUAAUUGUAUUACCUCAACCUCAAUUAUCACUUCAACAACUAAUCCAACAACAACAAAAUUUUUGUUUAUUAAAUUGUUGUCAACAACAACCAAUGAUUUUUCCAUUAUUACCUUCUUGUUGGAAUAAUAAUGGAGCUAAUUUUGAUUUGCAAGGUGUGGGGGUGUUUUUUGAAAGAAUUUUUUGGAAUUUUUUUAGUACAGCCAGAUCUCACUAUAGUAUAAAUAUCAAGCCAUAA